UCGUGCAAGGGAGAAGACAGGCGGAAUCGGCUCUAAUAAAAGUUUUAAGAGGACUUGAUAAUUAUUUUGAUAACAUAACAUAACGACGAAUAUACAGAGGAUUCCGGAACAUAUGAUGGAUAGUAAGAAACAACUUUGAAAUGGACUACGACUACGAGGAGGGCAUACUGAAUGCUUUGUCUGAUGAAACAAGAAGGGAAAGAGCAAAGAACAAAGAAAAUUUUGAUCGUCAGCUCAGAAGAACAAGAACUUUGAAAGAAGGCCUGCAAAAACAGCAUGAGAUGAGAAUGCGAAUAACGGAAUUACAUCCUCCCGUUUUGCUCGUACAGUGUUUGUCAACACUUUUCGACAACCCCAGGUUGAGUGACGUAACUCUGAAAGUUGGCACGCGUUCCUACCACGCCCACUCGCUCAUACUCGGUACUUGGAGUGAAAUCUUCAAGACGAUGCUUUUUGAUAAGAAAUGGGCACCAAAACCAAGUGGCGACAGUGUCCGCACCCAGACACUGAAUGAGCCAGAAGACUGUGCUGACUGCUUUGAACACUUUCUGAAAUUCAUGUACACUGAAGAACUGGAGCUGACCAAAGAGACUGUACACCCUAUGCUGCUAUUGGCUGACAAGUAUAUGGUCAGUGAUCUUCAUGAGAUUUGUGAAGCGUAUCUAAUGCAAGUAUUAGAAUCAACAACAACACCUUGGAUUGAUGCUGUACAGGCUAUGACAACGGCAACAGAGGGGCUUACUAGGAUCCAGGAAAAGUGCUACAGUCUCAUGGAAAACAACUUUUAUGCAAUACCAGAGAGUAACAACCUAGGGCCUGAUGUUUUUCUUGCUUUACUGGGUAGAUCGGGCCUAGUCGUUCCUAAUGAGAAGUUUGUGUUUCGUAGGGCAAAAGCUUGGCUCAGCAAGAACCGUGUGGAAUUGGAAGGACUGAUUAAGCAAGUUUUGUCACUGAUUCGUUAUGAGCACAUCCCGGCAAGAGAUUUGGAAAAGCUGUCAUUUCUGGAACAGUCUCUAAUACUCCAGCCGAUGCUGAAGGAGUGUGUGUUUGAGGCAUUCAAGUACAGGGCAUUUGCAGGGGAGGGCUCAUACACCAGCAUGGCUAGAUUUUCCGACCCUCGUGUCUACAUGGAGCCAGAGUUCUGCGUAAGAAUAUCCAACCCUGUGUGUCAGCAUCAGGUGGAAUCAUCACCCUUCAGACGGCUUACUCUUGAAAAGGAGGAAGAGGAUAAAGAAUUUGAACAUUUUGAAAAGUUCAAGUUGUUUUGUCCUGUGGCGCGUCAGGGAGAACAGGGGAAUGUGUACCUCAUUAACGAAGACAUGUGGAAAGUCGGUGGUCGCGCUGUCAAAGAAGAUGACGCAGCUAGGUGGAGCAUAAAGUUCAGAGUACUACCACAUUUUGAGGAUAUUGGACGAAGCUUUGUCAUGGCAUUGCUCAUUAGCAAAGACCAAACGUACAUUGACUGUAUUUCCUCUGUGGCUAAAGGAGAUGUUGGGAAGAAACUAGAGCUGGAUGUACCUUGGGAGGCUCUAGAUUGUAGCCCUCAACACCUUUGGAUAAAAGUGGCAAUUUUUGUUUCGGGUUGUGAUAAGAGUUGGGUAAAGAAGUAGACAACUUUUUUGUCAGUCUUGUGUGCCUACGGGGUAGAGUUUAAGAAGUUAUCUCGAGGGUAGUAUUAAUAUUAUUUUUUUGUUUUCAAGUGAAAUGUGUACAUUUUUCCAGUGAAACUCACUCAGGACACAAAUCUAUUAUGAAAGAAUCAAAUGGAUAGAUGUUUGGUGUGUCAUAAGGAUCCAACACCAUGGUUACACAUUAUUGAACUCUCACUCUGACCAAUGUUCAUGUUGAAACUGCACAGCAGGAAUGGCUUUGGGGUGCAGUACGCACUUUAUAGCUCAAAGAGCAGUAUGGACACAAGUGGUAAUUACUUAAAAUAAUUUUUAGCAUAAAAACUUAUUUGGUAACGAGCGACGGAGAGCUGUUGAUAGUAUAAA